AACACAUUUGCCUUUACAAUUCACAAAACCCAAGAGCUAACAUUACUACGUACAACACUUAAUGUAGAUGAUAAAAUAUUUGCAGAAGGACAAGUUUACAUUGCAAUGGGAAGAGCACCUACAUAG